UGAGAGGUUACAGUUACUGCAAGUUCUCAACAGAGAGACUCUGGGCGAGCUGAAUGAAAUGGGUGGCCGCCUCCCUCGACACUGUGUGACUGAGAGGCUGUCGUUGAAAACCAAGCCCUUGGAGCUGGUGAAACUUUCGGCGGAGGUUCCUGCCCAGGAAAGGAUCCAGAUUGUCCAUCAGACCCUGCAUCACCUCCGCAGGAUCUACAGUAUGAACCUGAGCUCAGUCAGCUGGGUCCAGAGCUCAGUGGAACUCCUCCGGCUUCUGUUGGAUCGGCAGCUCAGAGAGCUGGAUGUGUGUGUCCGGAAACCAGGCUCAGAGUCCAGACCAAGGAAGAAUGCCGCAAUUCUUAAAUACUUUCAGAAAUUGAGAGAGUUUCUGAAACAGAAGGGAUUCAGCAACUGUGCCUGGGAGAUAACCCGCACUGAGACCAUGACGCAUUUGAAACAGCUCCUUCUCAUUAUGGCAAAAAUCAGCAGAGAUCACUGAAGAUUUUCCAGAGUCAAUUUCAUGAGGGAUCAAGAUUUAUGACUAUUUAUUUAAAAUAAAUUUCAAGGAAAAGUAUAUCUGAACAGACUGAUAUUACAUUCAAAAAUAAAUUAAACUAAAUGCUAGAAAUGUUAAUGGAAACACCAACUGGUGCAAAUAAUCAGUGCACGUGCAGAAGAAACCUGAGUUAAUUCCUCGAGUCAAUGCUCAUAAACUUGAAACACUAACUGUUGUUCACUCCUCUCAGCAGUUGUCGGAGCUGUGCAUGUUUGCAGUAUUUUCUGUUUUUACUAUUUAUUAUAUAACUAUAUGAAUCACACAUUUUCAUUUGGCAAGUGAUGUGGAAGG